AUGGAUGCAACACUUCACGAUAAAAGCACGCGGCAAAACACUGCACCAACCUGUCUAUCCAAAGCGGAGACAAAACCAUCGAUUCAUGCGGCGGCGGGUCUCCUUGGUGCCUCCAUAUCAACGGCAAUGUUUUAUCCACUAGACGCUCUUCGCACGCAAAUGCACGUUUGUAAAGGAGGAGACGUCAACCAACUCUCAUCGCUGCGUCAGGUUGUUCGACAAAAGGGGUUGCGAAGAUUAUACGCAGGUUUCGCUGUAUCUGUCACCUCCUAUGGUAUCGGGUGGGGAGCUUACAUGGCCGUCUUUAAAUCUGUACAGCAGAACCUCUCUGCGUACGUUUCGAGUAAUCAAAUAGGCGGAGGCAGUGGAAGCGCUAAAAGCGGCAGUGUGACAGCUGGGUGUAACGUUUUGAGUGGUUGCGCCGCUGCCAUAACAACUGGAACUGUUGUUACGCCACUUUGUGUUAUAAGGACUCGACAGCAACUGUUCGAUGGGAGCAAUGGCGCCAAACCACAGAACUGCUGGCAGGGAUUUAAGGCAAUAGUAGAAAACGAGGGAUGUGGCGCCCUCAUGCGGGGCAUGAUACCCCAGAUUCUGAUUAUGGGAAAUACCAUCAUCCAAAUGGCCAUUUAUGAGGAGCUUCGGCAUUACAUUGUGGAACAGAAAAUUCAACCCACUUCUUUUGAUGUGGCAUUGAUAUCUUCUGUUUCUAAAGCUGUGGCAUCAGCUCUGUUCAACCCGAUUGAAGUUGUGAGGACUCGCUUGCAGGACAAGCGUAAUUGCACCUCCCCUGAGUACCGUUCCAUGACCGUGGGAUUGCGUACCAUUUGGCGCACGGAAGGAAUUCGUGGCCUUUACAGGGGCGUUUGGGUGAAUCUUUGCCGUGUCGUUCCGACAACAUCGGUGUCUUUUAUUUUGUACGAGAAGUUCCUAGCGAUACUUUCACAUCACAACGCGCGUAGGGCGGCGUGUCUUCCCUUGGUGGCAGACUGA